GUACUUCACCGGAUCCCCCUUUUGGGGAAGAUAAACAGAACUAUUAUUUAAAAGAAAAACGUUACAUUAAUAUGUUAAGUAAAUAUUCACAAUUACACACCAAUUUUCCACGUAAUGAAUGAUGCUUUGGUAUAUGAUUGAAGGUGCUCAGAGACUGUCAAUGGAGCGAACAAGAAGCAUCCAUCCUCGUCCCCGGAGACAUAAUAACCGUCAAGCUCGGCGACAUCAUCCCCGCCGACGCACGUCUACUCGACGGCGAUCCUCUCAAGAUCGACCAAUCCUCCCUCACCGGCGAAUCAAUCCCCGUCACCAAAUCCCCCGGCGAUGAAAUCUUCUCCGGCUCCACCUGCAACCAAGGCGAGAUCCAAGCGAUCGUCGUCGCCACGGGAGUCCACACGUUCUUCGGCAAAGCCGCUCACCUCGUCGACACCGCGAACCAAACCGGACAUUUCCAGCGAGUCAUCACCUCCAUCGGCAACUUCUGCAUCGCCUCGAUCGCGUUAGGGAUCCUCGUCGAGCUCCUCGUGAUGUAUCCGAUCCAACGACGUAACUACCGCGACGGAAUCGAUAACCUCCUCGUUCUGCUCAUCGGAGGCGUUCCGAUCGCUAUGCCUAGCGUGUUGUCAGUUACGAUGGCGAUCGGAUCUCAUAGAUUGUCUCUGCAAGGGGCCGUGACGAAGAGGAUGACUGCGAUCGAGGAGAUGGCUGGUAUGGAUGUUUUGUGUAGCGAUAAGACUGGGACUCUCACGUUGAAUAAGCUUAGCGUUGAUAGGAACUUAGUUGAGGUUUUCGCCAAGGGAGUUGAUAGAGAACAUGUUAUACUCUUGGCUGCUAGAGCCUCUAGGGUUGAGAAUCAAGAUUCGAUUGAUGCAGCUGUUGUUGGAAUGCUUGGUGAUCCUAAGGAGGCUCGAGCUGGUGUGAGGGAAGUUCAUUUUAUGCCGUUUAAUCCGGUGGAUAAGAGGACUGCUUUGACGUAUGUUGAGUCUGAUGGAAGUUGGUUCCGAGCUAGCAAAGGAGAUACAGAGCAGAUACUGAACCUAUGUAGUUGCGAGGAGGAUGUUAAGAGGAAAGCUCAUGGAGUGAUUGAUAAGUUUGCUGAGCGUGGACUUCGAUCUUUAGCUGUUGCAAGACAGGAAGUUCCUGAGAAGAAGAAAGAUGCUUCUGGUGGCCCAUGGCAACUUGUGGGUCUUUUACCUUUGUUUGAUCCUCCGAGGCAUGACAGUGCCGAGACAAUCAGGAGGGCUUUAAACCUUGGUGUUAAUGUUAAGAUGAUAACCGGGGACCAACUUGCAAUUGGAAAAGAAACUGGUCGCAGGCUUGGAAUGGGUACAAACAUGUACCCUUCUUCUGCGCUGCUCGGACAAGAGAAAGAUUCUUCCUUGGGUGCACUUCCUGUUGAUGAACUGAUCGAGAAAGCUGAUGGAUUUGCAGAAGUCUUUCCAGAGCAUAAGUAUGAGAUUGUGAGUAGGCUGCAACAAAGGAACCAUAUAUGUGGUAUGACUGGAGAUGGUGUGAAUGAUGCAUCAGCUCUCAAAAGGGCGGAUAUUGGUAUAGCUGUUGCUGGUGCUACUGAUGCUGCCAGAGGCGCUUCUGAUAUCGUUCUCACAGAACCUGGACUGAGCGUUAUCAUCAGUGCAGUGCUCACCAGUAGAGCCAUAUUCCAAAGAAUGAAAAACUACACUAUUUAUGCGGUUUCAAACACGAUACGUAUUGUGUUUGGCUUCAUGUUCAUUGCGCUACUAUGGGAGUUUGAUUUCGCGCCUUUCAUGGUCCUGAUCAUAGCAAUCUUAAACGAUGGAGCAAUCAUGACAAUAUCAAAGGACAAAGUGAAGCCAUCUCCACAGCCAGAUAGCUGGAAACUCAUAGAAAUCUUCUCGACCGGAGUUGUGUUUGGAGGUUACCAGGCCUUGAUGACUGUCAUUUUCUUCUGGGCCAUGACAGACACUAAUAUUUUCUCGAACAUGUUUGGUGUGAGACCAUUGAGUCAACGUCCUGAACAAAUGAUGGCUGCUCUUUAUCUACAAGUUAGCAUCACAAGUCAGGCACUCAUAUUCGUCACCAGAUCCCGUAGCUGGUCCUACGUCGAACCCCCUGGUCUUCUCGUACUUGUUGCAUUUAUCAUAGCUCAACUGGUGGCGACACUCAUAGCUGUUUAUGCGAACUGGAGUUUUGCGCGGAUAGAAGGAGCCGGUUGGGGAUGGGCUGGAGUGAUCUGGCUAUAUAGUCUCCUAACGUAUAUUCCUCUUGACUUACUCAAGUUUGCAAUCUGCUACGUGUUGAGUGGCAAAGCUUGGUUAAACCUUCUUGAAAACAAGACUGCCUUCACGACGAAGAAAGACUAUGGUAAAGAGGAAAGAGAAGCUCAAUGGGCUGCAGCUCAAAGAACCCUCCAUGGACUUCAACCACGAGAGACAAACAACAUCUUCAAUGAGAAGAAUUGUUACAGUGAACUCUCUGAGAUUGCUGAACAGGCUAAACGCCGAGCUGAGGUUGCUAGGCUGAGAGAGCUAGACACAUUAACAGGACAAGUAGAGUCAGUGGUUAAGCUUAAAGGACUUGACAUAGACACGAUUCAGCAACAUUACACAGUCUAAGCUAGAUUGUUAAUAGCUGUGGAUAGUCAUCGACUCCCCAGAAAUGUUGCAACCAAAUUAAUCUACUUUGGUUUCUUUAGAUUUUGAUUAUUUCGAAACAAACAGACUUGGAGUUGCCUUUUUUUCUUCGAAAGAAAUUAAUUGUUAUUUUAUUUAUCUAUUUGCUGCUUCAAAUUUUCCAAUACUGG